AUGGCCACAAACAUCACCUACCACGCCAGCGCCCUCACGCGCAGCGAACGCAGCAACUUGCGCAAACAACAAGGCCUCACAAUCUGGCUGACGGGCCUGUCGGCGUCCGGCAAAUCGACUCUGGCCGUGGAACUGGAGCACCAACUGCUGCACGACCGGGGGGUGCACGCCUACCGGCUGGACGGGGACAACAUCCGGUUCGGCUUGAACAAGGACCUGGGAUUCAGCGAGGCGGACCGGAACGAGAACAUCCGGCGGAUCGCGGAGGUGGCCAAGCUGUUCGCGGACAGCGCCUCGAUCGCCAUCACCUCGUUCAUCUCCCCUUACCGCAAGGACCGGGAUACCGCCCGGCAGCUGCACGAGGUGCCCACGCCCGGCGAGGAGACGGGUCUGCCCUUCGUCGAGGUGUACGUCGAUGUGCCCGUGGAGGUGGCCGAGCAGCGCGACCCCAAGGGUCUCUACAAGAAGGCCCGUGAGGGCGUCAUCAAGGAGUUCACGGGGAUCAGUGCCCCCUACGAGGCGCCAGUGAAGCCCGAGGUGCACAUCAAGAACCAUGAGGUCCCUGUGCAGGAGGCUGUGCGCCAGAUUAUUGAGUAUCUCGAUUCCAAGGGGUACCUCCCUCCUAAGUCUGCUUAG